GUCAUGUUGCCAAAAUGCCCACAAUCCGCAUCCUACUAAUCAUAGCUCUUCAACACCACUGGCCACUACUUCAGUUUGAUGUGAACAAUGCCUUUCUUCAUGGGGACCUCAAGGAAGACGUUUACAUGCUGCAACCGCCAGGGUUCAUAGAUCCAACUCGACCCAACCACGUUUGCAAACUCAACAAGGCCAUCUAUGGUCUUAAACAGGCACCUCGCCAGUGGUUCCACAAACUAACCGGUUUUCUGGUUCACUUCGGGUUCUGCUUCAGUCAUGUUGAUCCCUCUAUGAUGGUUUACAAUCAUGGUACAACACAGCUAUACAUUAUCAUCUAUGUUGAUGACCUCUUGCUGACUGGCAAUCAUACGACCACCAUCAAUACUCUUCUCCAAGGUCUACGUGAUACUUUUGAUCUCAGACAAAUGGGUCAAGCGAAUCUCUUCCUCGGGAUACAGAUUUCUUACACUAAGACUGGAGCCUUUCUCCACCAAUCCCACUAUGCACGGGACAUUCUUCUAGCCUCGGGUUUUCAAGACUGCAAACCUUCUAGCACUCCAAUUACAGCCUCUGGCUCUUCUGCAGCCCACAAUCUGCAACCAUUUGACGAUCCCAAAUUAUACAGGCAACUUGCAGGUUCCUUGCAUUAUCUUACUAUUACUAGACCUGAUCUGUCAUUUGCGGCUAAUGUAAUCUGCCAAUCAAUGCACAAUCCUACUUACACUGAUUUCCUGAAGCUCAAACGCUUAAUACGAUACAUCAAGGGUACUCAACAACUUGGGCUCCCCAUUACUUCCGGUCCACUCGAACUCACCACUUACUGCGAUGCAGACUGGGCAGCUAACACAACCGACAGGAAAUCCAUCUCUGGUUUUUGCACCUUCCUUGGCUCCAACCUUGUUUCUUGGAGUGUGAAGAAACAAACUACCGUGGCUAAGUCCUCCACAGAAGCUGAAUACAGAGCCUUGUCUUCAGCUCUAUCAGACGUGAUUUGGCUACGACGCCUCCUCUCUGAUUUCCAAAUUAGUCUCACUUCACCUACACAGAUUCUCUGUGAUAACCUAUCGGCGCUAGCUCUUGCUCACAAUCCUGUGUUCCAUGCCCGGACAAAGCACAUUGAAAUAGAUCACCACUUCAUCCGGGAUCAUAUUCAAAAACAAACAGUGGCCGUAUCUCAUAUUUCGUCAGACGAACAGCUCGCUGAUAUCCUCACCAAGUCUCUUCCGGUCACUCGAUUCAUCACUCUGCGCAACAAAUUAAGCAUCAGCUCUCUAGAUGCUCAAUUUGCGGGGGCAUGUAAAGCUAAUGAUGAAACCCAAAAGCCACAUGGCU